GGAACUCCAACUGGCAACCACCCACACCAGUGACACCACCCACCACCAGGCACCCCACGACCACCCACGACCACGACGACGACGACCACCAGUCCACCACCAUCACGACCGACCCCCCCGGACAUCAACCCGUCUCCGACCUGCGGCAUGACACAAGGCGCCUCAUCCACGCCGCGCCGGCGUUUGACAAGUGUCUGUCUCCUUUGCUUGUCGUCGUCCCUCCGUCCACCGACCGGCCGACCCGUUGCCUCAGCCACAGCAUCACGAUGGAGCGAGUGAGUGGCUAGUGCUUCCAACUCCAUCUACCAUGCCAUUGCGUCAUUGUGAGAUGGCCCGCCGUGCCGCGCGCGAUGAUCGACGGGGCAGCGACAAGCACGAGUGACGCGCGUUGGCGUGUCCUCUGGCCCCCCCGGCGUCCAACCUUCUUCGCUUCAAGCCGAGUUCCAAGUGUGGCGUGUCCUUGGAAGAAAGCUCGCCGCCGGCCUGCCGGGCGCUGCGAGGACGGGAAAAAUAGAUUGCAAUCUGACGUUUACGCUCCAUGCCCAUGACAUGCUUGUUGUCGUCGAUGGAUGAUGGAUGAUGCUGCUGGCCCCCGCCCCCCUACCUAUAUUCCCGAAAAAACUUGUUUGCUCGGCGCCGGCGUGUAGACAUAUAAAAUCGGUGAGCGGCAGGCGUGGCGGCUCGAGAGAAGCUUGAACCACUUGUUAAAACACAAAAGCGACUGUGAAUUCAUACUCUAUCCCCCAAAUGACAAGAGUCUGAAUCGCAAAUAUGCCCGUCACAAAGAACAAGGAGGCCGAGACCCAGGUCCCGACCCCGGCCGAGGAGAAGAAGCAGUCCCAAGUUUCCGCCCCCGACACAUCGGGCGCCGACCCGCAGAGCGUGCCCCGGUCCGCCGCCGCCGGCGUCGUCAACAAGAAGGGUGAGAUUGUCGACGAGUCCGGCAAGGCCAUCGGCAAGGUCUCCGACUCCAAGGACCUACAGAGCCUCGUCGGCAGCUCCGUCACCGCCUCGGGAGACGUUGUCAACGACUCAGGCGACGUCCUCGGCAAGGCGUCGCUCGACAGCGAGUACACCACCCAGGCUACCGAGGAUGCCAAGGAGACCACCGGCGGCUGGAACGUCCUCGGCAAGGCCAAGGGCGCCGCCCAGACCGUGAGCAGUCUCUCCGGCGGCGGCCAGGGUGGCGAUGAUGCAGAGAAGACAAAGCCUUCGAGCGGCGGCGGCAAAGACACGCCGUCCGAGUCCGUAAAGGACGAGGCCGGCAAGGCCACAGAGUCCGUCAAGGACGACGCCAGCAAGACCGCAGAGUCCGUCGACGACAAGGUGCCUCCCCCCGUCCAGCUCCGAGACGAUGAGGCCUCCCCAGCUGACGCCGCGUCUGCUGGUAAAAAGACCAAGGAGGAGAAGGAGACUGUCCUCGGAGAUGAUACCCCCGCUGAGAAGGUCGGUCAGGAUGACCUGACCGAGCAGGCCCCCCAGCCCAUCGACGAAUCCAUCGAGGGCACAACCGAGGACGCCUCCAAGACUGCAGGUGACAAGACAGAGCAGAUCAAGGACACCAUGGAAGAGACAAAAGCUACCACUGAAGGGGCGGCGGAGGAUGCCAAGGCCACCACCGCCGAUGCCGCGGAGGAGACAAAGGACACUGCAGAUGACGCGGCGGACAAGGCCAAGGAGCCCACAGACGAUGCCCAGGAUGCUGGCAAGGACAUUACAGACAAGGGCGACGACGCCGGCAAGGACAUCACGGACAAGGCCGAGGAUGCGGGCAAGGAUGCGGGAGACGCCCCAGAGGGCGACAAGCCUAGCGACGACCUCCCGGAGGGUGAGGAUGCCAAGGACACCGUGGGUGAUGCCACCAAAGACGGCGAGGAGGCCGGCGAGGCUGCCCAAGACAAGGUCGGGGAUACGGUUGAGGAGGCUGACGACAAGGCCAAGGAGGCUGGAGAAGAGGCCGGCGAAAAGGCCGACGAGGCCGCCGAGGAGGCACCCAUCGACUUUUCCGUCCUCAAGGGCACCAAGGUCAACAAGGCCGGAAACCUUGUCAACGACAAGGGCGACAUCAUUGGACGCCUGUCCGAGGGCGACGCCAAGAAGCUGCAGGGCAAGACGGCCGACGAAGAGGGCAACAUCUGGAACGAGUCGGGCAAGAUCGUCGGCAAGGCGGAGCCCAUCCCGGACAGCGAGCGCGAGAGCUCCAACAAGUCGUUUGCGCCUUUUGAGAACUUCCCCGACGCCGUCGUCGAGGCGGACGGGCGCGUCACGUCUGAAGGGCGCCAGGUCGGCACUGUGGUCGAGGGCGACCCCAAGCGCCUCAAGGGCAGCAAGGUGGACGAGGACGGCGACAUCCUGGACCGCCGCGGCAACGUGGUCGGCAAGGCCGAGGCCUGGGACGAGCCCGAGCCCGAGCCUGAGGAGCCGGAGGCGGUCGUCGACCGCUCGCUGCUGGCCGGCAAGCGCGUCAACAAGGCCGGCAACGUGGUCGACUCCAACGGCACCAUCUUCGGCCGCGUCGUCGAGGGCAACGUCGCGUCGCUGGUCGGCCGCAUGUGCGACAAGGAGGGGAACAUCAUGAGCGAGUCGGGCGACAAGAUUGGCAAGGCCGAGCUGGUGCCCGAGGGCGAGCGCGAAGGCUCCAAGGACGGGCCCUUUGCCGAGCUCAAGGGCUGCACCGUCACCAAGGACGGCAAGGUGGUGACGUCGUUGGGCGAGGUGGUCGGGCGGCUGACGUCGGGCGACGGCAAGGCGCUGUACGGGCGCUCCGUCGACGAGGACGGCGACGUCGUCGACAAGAACGGCAACGUGGUGGGCAAGGCGGAGCGGUGGGAGGAGCCCGAGGUCGAGAAGCGGCGCGACCCCCUGGCUGGCCGCAAGGUCAACCGCGAGGGCAACGUGCUCGACGACGACGGCCACAUCAUCGGCAAGCUGACGAGCGGCGAUGUCAGCAUCUGCUCGGGCAAGGAGGUCGACGACGACGGUGACGUGGUCAACUCCAAGGGCAACACCGUCGGCCACGUCACCCUGCUCGAGGACAUUCCCGGCGAGUCCGAGGAGGACAGGGAGAAGCGCGAGCAGGCUGAAAAGGACCGCAAGCUCGCGGGGCAGCUGGCGGGCGCCAUCGAGCAGUCGCUCGAGAAGAUCCGGCCCAUCCUGCGCAUGAUCACCGACAAGGUCGACAAGGCCGAGCGCACCGACAAAGAGGAGCUCGACGAGGAGCAGCUGGUGCGCGAGGUCAAGCCGCUCAUCGAGGAGGGCGGCAAGAUCCUGACCGAGGCCAACGGCAUGAUCCGCGGCAUGGACCCGGACGGCCGCAUCCAGCGCCAGGCUAAGCACAAGUCGGCCACCAAGGACGCGAGCCCCGAGGAGCACCACCUGGCCGACGUGCUCAAGGAGCUCACCGGGACCGUCACCCAGACCAUCGACAACGCCAAGCGCAAAAUCGACGGCAUGCCGCACGCAAAGAAGGAGCUCAACCCGCUCUGGGGCCUCCUCUCCGAGCCCCUCUUCCAGAUCCUCGCCGCCGUCGGCCUGCUGCUCAACGGCGUCCUCGGCCUCGUCGGCAAGCUCCUCAGCGGCCUGGGGCUCGGCGGGCUCGUCGACGGCCUGCUCGGCAGCCUGGGGCUCAACAAGAUUCUCGACGGGCUCGGCCUCGGCAGCGCCCUCAACGCCCUGACCGGCAAGAAGGACAAGCCCAAGAAAUGAUGAUGAUGACUACACAGGUCCUCUCUCUCGUCUCUCUCUCCCCCCCCCCCCGGGACGUCUCUGUUUCUUUCCAAUGGGUUGCUAGUUGUGCACAGCUGGUAUUGAUGACCUCUUUUGUCUUCUUCUCUCAUGUACGAUGGAUGGAAUGGGUUUUGCGGGAACUUUGGUGUAUCAAUUGCUUUGCUUUGCUUUGCUUGCUUGUUUGUUUAGCUACCUUUGGUUUUACUUACUUGGUAGUAGUAUAGUUCAAAUGGGGAUUUUUCUUUCCCAUAGCACUUCUUG